UAGCUGGACCUUUGCUCCACUUUAGUUGGCGCACCUGACUCAAUCCCGCCAACCCACUGGAGUAACUCCAUUUAAGUACAGGCUGUAUCGUUUCUGGUGGAAACGGAAGCCUACAUCAGAAGAAGAAGAAGAAGGUAAUCGCAUUUUGGGUAUUUAAAUGAUAAGAAAACUUCUCGUGUGAAGAUUUGAAAAGAACGUCAGUGGAUUGUGACGAAGUGUAUUCUCGAGUAUCACACGUGAAACAUGCAGCAAGAAUUUUAUACCUCUUGUAUGAAAAUAAACGGGAUACCUCUUCUUCCACCACUAAUGACCGACGCCAUAAAGGAAGAGAUGAGACGUUAUAAAUCUAUGGCAAUCAAAGCGGAAAGUAAUUUGAGGGACAGACGGCUGGUUAAACGUAUCGUUCUGGAUAAAUGCAUGCAGGCUAACGUAACGGAACCAAUGGAUAAAUUAAAUAGCAUUAGAUAUAGUUCGGAUAGCGAUGUAUCUAGCCGUGACGUCGCGAGUGAUACCAAUAACAGCGAUUCGUAUUCGAAAAUGACUAUUGUCGAACCGAUGCCACGAGUCGUGGGAGAAAUCAGAGAUGGCCAUAAUAUCCAGUCCUCCAUAUCAGAUAUACAGCAUUCGCAACUUCAAGUUUGUCCAAUAAAUAAUACUGCUAAUGAUUCAAAACCUAUUGCUGCCGUGACUGAUCAAAAUGAAUGUGUUGAUGCAACAGAGGUGGCGACGCCGAGCGAAGAUGCAAUGUCAGAGAAUUGGAAGCCGCAGGUGCCCAAAACAUUGGACGUGGUUCCGAUAAUGUUAAGUAACGAUGAGGAAGACACUUCUUCUUCCAUAGGGGUUUCCCAGGAAACUGAAAAUCCACCUAAGCUAUCACGUCAAGGCUCUUACAUAUUGGACACACCCAGUCCUAUGUUGCUCGCUCAUAUGCAUACAGAAUUGACUGACGAAAAGUACAUCCCCACCCCUGCCACUAAUGUGUCACAACGAAAACAAUGGAACAUUGUGCAGCCUAAAGUGGAGUGGGAAAAUAAACAGUUUAUGGCAGAUGUUGAGGAUUUAAGUGAAUUAGAAUGUACAGCGGAAAUAUCAGCUUCUCCGCAUAGAAAGCCUGAUAAUUUGAUGGAAUCACGUCAGGUAGAUGAAUCUAUCAGUUGUACUGAAGCAGUAAUUGUCAAAGAAGAUGUAUAUAGAUUUGAUGCUUCACCAACUGAACAUAAUCGUAGAUCUAAUACAGAUUUUAAGAAGCAACAUUCCUUAGAAAAAUCGGAGAAAGAUAGCGACACCAAUAUAUUAAAUUUAUCGAGUAGAGAGUACUUAGCAGGAGACGCGAAUGGUCCUAAAGUUCAUUUGUCUUGCAUAGAUGAGAGGCAUCGCAGCAAAAAGGCGAGCACCCCGGAAGGCGACUAUCGCGACUCGAACAUUAAGAUAAAGUCUUCCACACCAGAUAAACUCUUGAUGGUUUACAAAGAGAUUGAAGCGAUGCACAAGAAGCAGAUGAUGGAGUUGAUAUACCGUCAGCGAAAGGAACAAUCGCUGCUGCAGGCGGAAUUCCAAAAGCAGCAGAUGCUCUUGCUAGCCGAGAUACGAAAGUGCGCCAGCGGAGUACCGCGUCAAGCAGACGUUUCGGACGUUAUGUUAAAUCGAUCGUUGUCAAUUGACGAUGCGAGGCCGGCGAGUUGCGAAACGAGGUUGCAACAAACGAACAUAAACUCGCUCGGCAGCGUACGCGCGGAAACGCAUUGUAAUAUUAAAUUACCGUUGACGAACCGUGUGAUUGUAUGUCCACUGGAUUACCUCUCCUCGAGAAAUUUAUACUUGCUUAAACAUCAGUCCAUUAUCGCGGACAAUUCUCCAGCAACUCUCGAUUACGACUUUACGAGAAAAGUGAGUUUAUGCAACACCACGUAUAACAACAACAACAACAACAACAAUAACAACAAUAAUAAUAACAGUAAUAAUGACGAUAACAGCAGUCACGAGUCGCAAGAUCUUAUUGUAUAUAAGAAUUCCAAUGUGAGCCGACAGUUAUUUCCCUUAGAUAGUAACACUACGCACGUACCAGUGCUAGACACCACAGUAUAUCUCGAGAAACAUGUACAGGCGGUGAAUACCAUCAACGCUUACACACGUGGUUAUUUAGUACGUAGAUUAAUGCGAACCGAACGCGUCAUUACACUGAAAAAAGUAUACAAAGAGGCGUUGCAAUGUAUGCUUAAGUUACACGUCGACGCGCCUUUAAACUUGGCAGAAGUAGAUUUCCUCCAUCGUCUUCAGUUGCAGUGCGACGCAGCGUCCAUGAAUAUAGUGGAAUUAUUCGCCCAAUCCCCGACGAAGAGAAUGAAAGUAAUCGCGCAAGAUCACGAAAUUAAGGAGUCUCGAAUGGAACGCCCGACUUCAGCUCGCUCGUAUUCGUUCGCCACUCAGAAGACUUUGGCCAGAAAGAACUUGAAGGAAUUCGAGUCCACAAUGGCGAAACACCAGCGACCAUUGGCUGUUAAAAAGAGUUUAGUUAGGUCUAGAUGUCAAACGUGGACUUCGGAUAUGAGAGACAGACUUAUGUCACCAAAUACAUUGCGUAAGAUUCUUUACAUCUCUUUUCGUCACACAAUUUUCCUUAAUGAAUGUACUUCAAUAUAUUCUUGAAAUUGCAGAUCAAGGUAUCAGGAGGAGCACGAGUACAGGAGCUGUACGAAAGCCGUGGCGAUGACGAGAUAGAGUGCCUUAUGACGUUGGUUAAGCGACACGUCAAUUUUACUGUUAAAAAGAGGAAUCCUGCACGCGGAGUACGACGAAUUGUGUUACCUGGAGCGCUUCGCGUUAGUUACUCCUGCUGUUUAAGAAGCGCACUGGUGCCUGGUUCUUCCGACAAAUUUAUUUUUUAUUACUAUCGCAUUUCUUGACUGAGACGAUACUCAUCUGUGAUACGUGUAUAUCCAAUAUAUAUCGUUUUCUAUUUUCGAUUUAUCGAAGCUAAAAUGGAUAUUUGUUAUGUGAGGGCGAAAUAUAGAGGCAAUAAAUUGAUUUUAUUGUCAGGAGAUUAAUUAUUGGGAUAAUCUUUUUUAUAAUAAAGGCUGUUGCUUAUUUUACGUCGAA